AUGCCUUCAACUCUCACCUACACCAUUCUCCUCCUGGUCUUCCUGCUGUCCAAGACCUCCUCCUCUUCUUCUCCUCCCUCUUCACCUUUCCUUUCUUUCUCACCACCAGAAGGAGGGCUCACGCAUUUGGUGGUUCACAAUAAGUCAGGUGAGAUUUACCUGGGUGCUGUCAACUGGAUCUACAAGUUGUCGAGCAAUCUCACCAAGCUACGAAGCCAUGUUACUGGUCCUGUGACAGAUAAUCCUCGUUGUUACCCUCCGCCCGGCGUCCAGUCGUGCCCUCAUGAGCUAGUGCAGACUCCCAAUAUCAAUAAACUUUUGCUGCUUGAUGAUGCCCAUAACCGUUUAAUUGCCUGCGGAAGUACUUUCCAGGGAAUUUGUCAGUUCCUUCGUCUGGAUGAUUUGUUCAAACUCGGUGAGCCCCAUCACCGUAAGGAGCACUAUCUGUCCAGUGUUGCUGAGUCAUGUACCAUGUCUGGGGUAGUGAUCCCCCCAGAUGCUUUCGGCGGGGGAGGGAAGCUUUUCCUCGGCACCCCCAUUGAUGGAAAGUCGGAGUACUUUCCAACUUUGUCGAGCCGUAAAUUAACAUCCAACGAGGAGAAUGCCGACAUGUUCAGCUUUGUCUACCAGGAUGAAUUUGUAUCCUCGCAGCUGAAGAUUCCAUCAGACACGCUAUCCAAAUUCCCAGCGUUUGACAUCUACUACAUUUACGGCUUUAACAGUGAGCAGUUUGUCUAUUAUCUAACUUUACAGCUCGAUACCAAACUCACUUCACCCGAUGCGGGCAGUGAGCAGUUUUUCACCUCGAAGAUUGUACGGCUUUGUGUGGACGAUCCCAAAUUCUACUCCUACAUUGAGUUCCCUAUUGGCUGCACCAAGGAUGGAGUGGAGUAUCGCUUGAUCCAGGAUGCUUAUUUGGCUCGACCGGGGUCCCGUUUGGCUCAAUCGCUUGGUAUUCAAGAGCAUGAAGAAGUUCUUUUUGCUAUAUUUGCCCAAGGCCAGAAGAACAGAGCCAAGCCACCCAAGGAGACUGCUUUGUGUCUGUUCACAAUGAGACAGAUAAAAGAGAAGAUUAAAAUGAGGAUUCAGUCGUGCUACAGUGGAAUUGGGAUACUCUCCCUGCCUUGGUUGCUCAACAAGGAGCUGUCCUGCAUCAACUCGCCUUUGCAGAUUGACGAUAAUUUCUGCGGACUUGACUUCAACCAGCCUCUGGGGGAUACCACUACCAUCGAGGGGGUGCCGCUAUAUGUGGAUAAGGAUGAUGGCAUGACCUCAGUGGCGGCUUAUGACUACCGCGGAAACACCGUGUCGUUCAUGGGCACUCGUAGCGGGCAUUUGAAAAAGAUCCUUGUCAACUCUGUUACCCAGCCUCCUUUGCUGUAUGAAAACGUCCUUGUGAACAACGGCAGUCCUAUCCUGAAAGAUUUGCUCUUCAGCCCAGAUCACCAAUACUUGUACACUCUCACUGAUCAACAGGUUACACGAGUACCAGUGGAAAGCUGUGAGCAGUACACAUCCUGCAGUGCUUGUCUGGGAUCAGGGGACCCACACUGUGGCUGGUGUGUGCUUCACAACAUAUGUUCAAGAAAGGAUCACUGCGAGCGUGCGGAGGAACCUCAGCGUUUCACCACUAGAGUGGAUCAGUGCGUUCGACUCUCUGUCCAACCUGACACCGUCUCGGUCACCAUGUCAGAAGUGCAGUUAUCUCUUCAGACCCAGAAUGUGCCCAGUCUGUCUGCUGGAGUAAACUGCUCUUUUGGAGACUACGUCGAAACAGAAGGACGCAUCUAUAGUGGUCGGAUCUUUUGCUUGUCCCCCUCAGCAAAAGAGGUGGCUCCCAUCACGCAAAACCAAGGUGACCGCCGUGUAAUAAAACUGUAUCUGAGGUCAAAGGAGACUGGGAAGACAUUUGCCAACGUUGACUUUGUCUUCUACAACUGCAGUGUCCACCGAUCGUGUCUUUCCUGCGUGGAUGGAAAAUUCCCUUGUCACUGGUGCAAAUAUCGCCACAUGUGCACGCAGGAUGCCAGUGACUGCUCCUUCCAGGAGGGACGUGUCAACACUUCACAGGAGUGUCCUCAAAUCCUGCCCUCCACUCAGAUCUAUAUCCCUGCUGGAGUUAUGAGGCCAAUCACGCUCCUGGCACAGAACCUGCCCCAGCCACAGUCUGGACAGAGGAACUACGAGUGUAUUUUUCACAUUCAAGGCAACACGCUCAGUGUCCCGGCCCUGAGGUUCAACAGCACAAGCAUCCAGUGUCAGAAGAGCACAUAUGACUACGAGGGCAGUGACAUCAGUGACCUCCCAGUUGAACUUUCCGUGCUGUGGAAUGGAAAUUUUGUCAUCGACAAUCCCUUCAACAUCCAAGCUCACCUGUAUAAGUGCAGGGCACUACGUGACAGCUGUGGCAUGUGUCUGAAGGCAGACCCACGGUUCGAGUGUGGGUGGUGUGUCCUGGACAAGAAGUGCUCCCUCAGGCAGGAAUGUACUAUUGGUGGGAGUUCCCACCUACCGCUUCAGUUGACUGACGGGGGAGGCUGGAUGCAUGCUGCUUCUGGAAACAGUAGAUGUAUCCACCCCAAAAUCACAAAGUUGUUUCCAGACACAGGACCCCGCCAAGGGGGAACGCGGGUCACCAUCUUGGGAGAAAACCUGGGUUUGCACUUCAGAGACAUCAAGACGGGCGUCAGGUUAGGCAAGGUGCCCUGUGUCCCCAUCGAGACAGAGUACCUGAGUGCCGAAAGAAUAGUGUGUCUGCUGAAUGAUGCUACAGGAUACAGAGUACAAGAAGCUCAGGUGGAGGUGUGUGUGAGAGACUGCAUUAAUGACUACAGGGCCCUCUCCCCCAGGCCAUUCACUUUUGUGACGCCAUUUUUCACUGGCAUCCAGCCUUCUCAGGGUCCAAUUUCUGGGGGCACCCGUGUCACUAUAGAGGGAAGCUACCUCAAUGCAGGCAGUUCUGUGUCUGUCAGCAUUGGUCCGCAACCCUGCCAUUUUAAAAAGAGGAAUGCCCAUGAGAUAGUGUGCAUAACGCCAGCUGGCCUGUUUCCAGGAAGUACACCUGUCUUGGUGGACAUAGAUGCCGCCGAGCUCAGAAACCCGGAGGUCAAGUUUAAUUAUACUGAAGACCCCACUGUGCUGAGGAUUGAACCGGACUGGAGCAUUGCCAGUGGUGGAACUCUACUGACAGUGACUGGGACUAACCUGGCAACCAUCAAGGAGCCAAAGAUCAGGGCCAAAUAUGGGCAGGCAGAGUCUUUCCACAACUGUACAGUAUACAACAACUCAAUCAUGGUCUGCCUCGCUCCAUCUGUGGCAGACUCCGAGCUGGGCUUUUCUGAAACCGGCACUGGUCCUGAUGAGAUCGGGUUUUACAUGGACAAUGUGAACUCUUUGCUGGUGGUCAAUGAGACAUUCAGCUACUACCCCGAUCCUGUCUUUGAACCGCUGAGCUCAUCGGGGAUAAUGGAGCUCAAACCCACAUCUCCAUUGAUACUUAAGGGUCGUAACCUGAUCCCAGCAGCCCCAGGCAAUAGUCGUCUGAAUUACACGGUGUUCAUCGGUGAAACUCCAUGCGUCCUCACUCUGUCUGAGAGCCAAUUGCUGUGCGAGUGGCCCAACCUCACAGGACAACACAAAGUCACGAUCCGAGCCGGCGGGUUCGAGUACUCCCCGGGUACUCUUCACAUAUACUCGGAUAGCUUGUUGACACUGCCUGCCAUUAUCGGAAUCGGCGGUGGCGGCGGGAUGCUCUUAUUGGUCAUCAUUGCUGUGCUAAUAGCUUAUAAGAGAAAAUCCAGAGAUGCUGACCGCACCCUUAAACGUCUUCAACUACAGAUGGACAACUUGGAGUCUAGAGUGGCAUUGGAAUGUAAAGAAGCUUUUGCUGAACUUCAGACAGACAUCCAUGAGCUAACACAAGAAUUAGAUGGCGCCGGAAUUCCCUUCUUGGACUAUCGGACGUAUGCCAUGAGGGUGUUGUUCCCGGGCAUUGAGGACCAUCCUGUACUCAAGGAGAUGGAGGUACGGGUCCAGGCAAAUGUAGAAAAGGCUCUGACUUUAUUUGGCCAACUGCUGACAAAGAAACACUUCCUACUGACAUUCAUUAGAACGCUCGAAGCACAAAGGUCAUUUUCAAUGCGGGACCGAGGGAAUGUGGCAUCUCUUAUCAUGACAGCCCUGCAGGGGGAGAUGGAGUACGCCACGGGAGUCUUGAAGCAGCUUUUGUCUGAUCUGAUUGACAGAAACCUGGAGAACAAAAACCAUCCCAAGUUGCUUCUCAGGAGAACGGAAUCUGUUGCUGAGAAAAUGCUGACCAACUGGUUUACAUUCCUUUUGUAUAAGUUCCUCAAGGAGUGUGCAGGGGAGCCUCUUUUCAUGCUUCACUGUGCCAUCAAGCAGCAGAUGGAGAAAGGACCAAUAGAUGCCAUCACAGGAGAGGCUCGCUAUUCUCUUAGUGAGGACAAGCUCAUCAGGCAACAGAUUGACUACAAAACGCUGACAUUGCACUGUGUGAACCCAGAGAACGAGAACGCCUCUGAGGUGACCGUUAAGUGUCUAAAUUGUGACACCGUCACUCAGGUUAAAGAGAAGCUGCUAGAUGCUGUCUAUAAAGGCAGUCCCUAUUCUCUCAGGCCUAAAGCUUCGGACAUGGACUUAGAAUGGCGUCAAGGUCGAAUGGCCCGAAUUAUUCUGCAGGAUGAAGACAUCACAACAAAAAUAGAUAAUGACUGGAAAAGACUCAACAGUCUGGCUCACUAUCAGGUUACAGAUGGCUCAGUGAUCGCACUGGUGCCAAAGCAGAACUCAGCCUAUAACAUCUCUAACUCAUCCACCUUCACCAAGAGCCUCAGCAGAUACGAGAGCAUGCUGAGAACAGCAAGUAGUCCAGACAGCCUUCGAUCACGAACACCCAUGAUCACCCCUGACCUGGAAAGUGGAACUAAAUUGUGGCAUCUGGUGAAGAACCACGACCAUUCGGACCAGAGGGAGGGCGACCGGGGCAGUAAGAUGGUGUCCGAGAUCUACCUGACCAGGCUCUUAGCUACAAAAGGCACAUUACAGAAGUUUGUGGAUGAUCUCUUUGAGACCAUAUUCAGCACAGCCCACAGAGGGAGCGCCUUGCCGCUGGCCAUUAAGUACAUGUUUGACUUCCUUGACGAGCAGGCGGACAAACACAACAUCACAGACUAUGAUGUCCGACAUACCUGGAAAAGCAACUGCCUUCCUCUACGUUUCUGGGUGAAUGUGAUCAAGAAUCCUCAAUUUGUAUUCGACAUCCAAAAGAACAGCAUCACAGAUGCUUGUCUGUCCGUAGUCGCCCAGACCUUCAUGGAUUCCUGUUCGACAUCUGAACACAAACUGGGGAAAGAUUCACCGUCUAACAAGCUUCUCUAUGCUAAAGACAUCCCAAACUACAAGAAUUGGGUGGAGAGAUAUUACGCCGAUAUCUCCCGUAUGCCAGCUAUCAGCGAUCAGGACAUGAGUGCCUACCUAGCAGAGCAGUCCCGCCUGCACCUCAGCCAGUUCAACAGCAUGUCUGCACUACAUGAGAUCUACACUUACAUCAUCAAAUACAAAGACGAGAUCCUAUCAGCGUUACAAAAAGAUGAGCAGUCCCGAAGACAGAGGCUACGUGGCAAGUUGGAGCAGGUCAUUGAUACCAUGUCUUUGGCUAGCUGA